CGCCUAGACCAACUAUGAUGACGACAACGAUAUGAAUAUUUGUUCGAUAUUAGAUAUACUUCCGCACCGGCAAGUACUUAGUUUUCGCGUCAAAACAAAAGUUUGGUAACUAUGUUUCUCACAAGAUCUGAAUAUGACAGGGGUGUCAACACAUUUUCACCAGAGGGAAGACUUUUUCAAGUGGAAUAUGCAAUAGAGGCAAUAAAGCUUGGUUCAACAGCCAUUGGAAUCCAAACAAAUGAAGGAGUGGUCCUGGCUGUAGAGAAAAGAGUCACAUCGCCCUUGAUCGAACCCACCAGUAUUGAAAAAAUUCUUGAAGUUGAUGACCAUAUUGGUUGUGCCAUGAGUGGUCUGAUAGCUGAUUCUAGGACACUGGUAGAUAGAGCAAGAGUGGAAGCACAGAAUCAUUGGUUUACAUAUAAUGAGAAGAUGUCUGUUGAGAGUGUUACACAAGCAGUCAGUAACCUGGCUCUAGCCUUCGGAGAUGAUGAUUCUGAACAGGCAGUUAUGAGCCGUCCAUUUGGUGUGGCAUUAUUAUUUGCUGGUAUUGAUAAAGAUGGACCACAGUUGUAUCAUAUGGACCCUUCAGGAACUUUUAUCAAAUAUGAAGCUAAAGCUAUAGGAUCAGGAUCAGAGGGUGCCCAACAAGCACUUCAAGACGUUUACCAUAAGUCUAUGACUCUAAAGGAAGCUUGUAAAAGUGCUCUUACCAUUCUCAAGCAGGUCAUGGAGGAAAAAUUGAAUUCAACAAAUGUAGAGAUGUCCACAGUAACACCAGAAAAGAAGUUCCAUGUGUUUAGUAAACAAGAACUGGAAGAAGUGAUCAAAGACAUAUAAAUGAACUUUUUAAUGACUGUUGUUUUCAUUCUUUAUUUAAUAAAUUUUCAAAAUGGGCCGCAAAAGUAGACUUAUUUUGAUUUAAGAGAUGCAUAUAUACAAAGUAAAUGCCAUUUAGCAAAAUUACUAGUUAGAUUGGCCUGUUCAGAAUAAAUCUGUUCAAAAUGUGCAAAGUCUGUGUUAGAACUGUGAUUUUAAAAGUGUUCUAAACAAAUAUUUACAAUAUGUAGUAGACAGUGUCUUAAGAAAAAAAUCGCAAGUUUCAGUAUGAAAUUGGUUUUUCAUAACACAAACACUUUUUUUGAACUCUUGUAUAAUAAUUGUCUAUAAUAGCUAAAGGUAAAAUAAUUUUAGAUGCCUAGAUGAAAUGUUAAAAGGUUUCUCUACUGUUAAUGAAUACAUGUAAAUGCUGUAAUGUUAACAGUGUUGAAAUAAAAAAAAAUCUGUUCAUGGACAGUUUGAAUAAGUUACAAGUGCUAUUUGACCAGUUCAUUGUAUUUUUGAUUCUUUUUUUAUGUAUAUUUCACAAAUAAAAUAUCAUCAACAUGGA